AUGGGGCUGUCCCAAGUCCACAGACUUGAGGCUUCACCCUCGCUUGUUCGCCUUCCAAUCCGUACCCGUCCGGCACUUCAACAGAACAACUUCGCCUUUGCACGACAAGCUCGAUCUCUACACUUUUCGAAAAUCCUUAGUCAAGAUGCUUCUGGCGCAGAAGCUGUUAAGGAAACAGAGGCGGUGGAUGACAACUCUUCCAAAGAUCUAGACGAGACACCUCAAGUGAGAGAAGAACAAUCUACUGCCACUGUAGAGGUUCCAGAUACUUGGAAAGCUAUACCAAGCACUAGCGAAAGGGCUCCAAAGCGAAGAGAGGACAGACCGGAAAGAAAAGCACGAACGGCAUAUAAUCGUGGGGAGAAUAAUUUCAAUGCUCCAGGCACUUCCGGCGCAUUCGACAAGGCGGCAGAAUCCAAGAAACCACGUAUCAAAGGCCCUUCCUCCAACCAACCACAACCAGGAGCAGCAUACUGGAAAGCUCAAAAGGCAGCUCUCAAGGAAAAGUUUCCCGAGGGCUGGAGACCGCGAAAGCGUCUCUCACCCGACGCCCUGGCCGGCAUUCGGGCUCUCAACGCUCAAUUUCCCGACGUCUACACAACAGAGGCCCUCGCAGAAAAGUUUGAGGUGACGCCAGAGGCUAUUCGUCGUAUCUUGAGGAGUAAAUGGCAGCCCAACGCCAUAGAGGAGGAGUCACGACAGGAGCGUUGGUUUCGUCGCGGAAAGGACGUUUGGGAGUCGCGAGCUGCCUUGGGUAUUAAGCCUCCGCAGAAAUGGCGACGUGAGGGUAUUGUGCGAGAUCCUAGUUACCAUGACUGGAAGAAGGAGGCGGUUCAGAGGAACAAGACCCUGGCUGAAAAUGAUGAUUGGGAGAUCAAGCGAGGUUAUAGCCCUCGAGUCAAGCGGACUUCGGCCCCUGAGGGUACUUACACCCCGCGAGUUGCACGAGAGAGGAAAGGUACCUAUACUCCCCGAUCCGAGGGUACUUAUACUCCUCGAACUGGACGAGGAGGGGAUGCUUAA